AUGACUCUGCCGUUCAUUGCUGGGCAUAGAGGGUUUAAGGGGAAGUACCCCGAAAAUUCCUUUUUCGGCUUCGAGAAGUGCUUCCAAACCGGUGCCACAUUGAUUGAAACAGAUGUGUGGAUAAGUGCAGAUAAUGUGUUAGUUGUCUCACACGACGUCAAUACCAAAAGAAUCUUCGAGACUCAAGACCAUCAAGUCGCAGACUAUAACAUCCUUCAAACAAGUUAUCGAGAUAUUUUGCAACACUUGAAAAUCAAGGGCACAAAUGAAGAUUUGCAUUCGUUUAAAGAUUUGUUGUACUGGUUUUCCAGCUAUAACAAGGAGCAGUCAGACUCCAAACAAUUUAAUAGAAUAAUGCUAGAUGUGAAAAGACCAAAUCCAGCAAAAGUUUUGAAGUAUAUGCUUCAAGAUAUGCUUGAGGUCAACCCUAAUAUAGAUUACUGGAUUGACAGAGUUCAAAUUGGUAUUUGGGAUUUGAAGAAUAUAAAAUAUUUAAAUCAGGAGCCUGUGUUUGCUGAAGUGUUCAGUAAAGGUGCAAAACCUAUUGAUAUCUUGAACAUUUCAGUUUCCUGGACAGAUUCUUUGCAUUAUAUUCAGUACAAUAAUUAUAUAGAUCAGUUGAGCAAAAAUGAUGGAAAAUUCAGAUUCAAAAUCACUGGUAUAUCAUUGCUUUACCUUCUGACUUGGUCCAAGGACUUCUUGACAAAGUUUAUGCCUCUAGUCAAGUUGAACGAUUUAAAGUUUUACUCGUGGACUAUAAACAACAAGUUGCAGUUUGAUUACCUUUGGAAGGUGGGAAAGGUUUACGACAUAAAAGAAUUUGGCUUGAUUUCAGAUAGACCCGAUCAAAUGGUUGAGUAUAAAGAAAAGCAUUCAAACGACAAUGAACAGAGUAAGCUUCUUGAUGCUAACACCAAGAUUGACAUAUCAUUCUCACAAUGGUUUAUUCAUGCGCUCUUCAGUAGAUUUUUAAGAAAAAGAAGGGUCACUGAUGAAGAGUUGGAUUUUGGUGGGUUUGUCGAUGAUGAGAAAGUUGUGAAGUUACCAGUCGGGAAGGUUGCUAUAUUCAUUUUCCAAUUCUGCCAAAAGCUUGGUAUAUUUUAG